GUGGAGGCUAGCUCCUGUUUCAACAACUCAUGAACUUGUUAUCAUCAUAGAUAUCUUAAAGUAAUGUAAAAAUAUACUCAGACGCACACUUGAGUUUCCUCCACCAACCCCACUAACUAAAUAAGUUAAUUAAAGGACCACAUCUCAACUAUAAAUAAAGCAUUAUAUCCUACAAUCUUUUCAAACAAUACCCCAUUACAAAAGAUUCUUCCUAGUCCCUGCAACAUUUCCCAAUUCUUUUUCCUUCUUCAAGUUUGCCAUGGCUUCAGCUAUAUCUGAAACAAUAACCACCAACGGAUCAUCCGAAAAUAACAACCUUACGAUCACCGGAAAGAUACAUACUCGAGUCCGCCUCGCUACGAAAUCUGAUCUGCACCAUAUAUACCAAUUAUUUUACCAAAUCCAUGCAUACCAUAAUUUCACUCAUUUAUACAAAACCACCGAGUCCUCCUUAGGGGACUUACUUUUCAAAGAAAAUCCUCUUCCGCUGUUCUACGGGCCAUCCGUACUUUUACUCGAAGUCUCCCCAACGCCUUUUACCCAACCCAAAAAUAACAAGGACGAAUUAGGGUUCAAGCCCGUCCUUACAACGUUCGACCUUAAAUUCCCAGUUGUGGAAGGACAAGUUGAGGAGUUUCAGUCCAUAUACGAUGAUGGGAAUGAUAAGCGUGAUGUUUUCAUAGCGGGAUACGCUUUCUUUUAUGCGAAUUAUUCAUGCUUCUAUGAUAAACCGGGGUUCUAUUUCGAGAGCCUUUACUUCAGGGAGAGUUAUCGUAAGUUGGGAAUGGGGAGAUUGUUGUUCGGAACAGUUGCGUCUAUAGCUGCAAACAAUGGGUUCGUAUCAGUGGAGGGAAUAGUAGCAGUUUGGAAUAAGAAGUCGUAUGAUUUUUACAUAGAUAUGGGGGUUGAAAUAUUUGAUGAGUUUAGAUAUGGCAAAUUGCAUGGUGAAAAUCUUCAAAAGUAUGCUGAUAAGGAGAUAAAUGAUGCAGGAAGCACUUAGUAUGAAUAACUUUUUCAAUAUUGGAAGUGCUAUUUAUAAAUUUCUCUUUGUAAUUUUGUAAAAGCAGAAAGCUGAUCAGUGUGCAUGUACUAUUACAUUUGAAUUCGAAAGUAUUAAAAAUCUCUAAUACUACAUUCAUUUAAUUUUA